AUGAAGUCAUAAAAAACAAUUAAUGAGGCUUUGUAAAAUCUUUACAAUAAUGGUCAAAAAGAUAUUGGUAUGGAGGAAUUAUACAAUCUCUUUAUUUCAGAUAAGUCAUAAGGCUUAAAAGAGCAGAAAUAGAAAGUAAAUUCUGUGUGCGGAGCUUAAAUUCAUCAUGACGAGUUGAGUUUUAAAUGUUUUGAUUGUUCUAACGAUUUCAAUCAUAUGAUUUGUAUCAAAUGCUUUGAUAUUAAAAAACAUAUAAAUCAUAAGUUUUUGCUUAAGGAUGGCGCUGGAUGUUGUGACUGCGGAGAUGAAAAUAUUAUUAAAUUAGGAAUUUGCAAUGACCACCAGGGUCAUUCUAUUAUUAAUAAAUAGGAAAUUCUUGAAUAAAUACCUGCAAUAAUCAAAGAAAACACUGAAACUUUUAUAUAAUGUCUUAAUAAUAUCUUAAAUUAACUAUACGUUGAACUUAAACCUAAUUCUACGAUCAAUCCUUAUUUUGUUAAGGUUUAUCAUAUUGCGGCUAAGUGGAAAUUAAAAAAUAUAACGGAAGCGAUCUCGCUAGAAGACUAUUAUCAAAUUUUCCACAAAGCACUUUAUUUUCACAAUCUAUUGAUUAAAUUCAUAUCUUGGUUUAUUUAAGUGAAUCAUUAGAAUCUCUUUUUAAUAACUCAUAUCUUAUCAUAAACAGAUCCUAAUUCCAAUUAAUUAAUAUUAUACAAUAUUUUUGAAAGAUAAUUAACUCUUGAAUCUUUAGGACCUUAUAAAGGGGAAAAAUUAGAAGCAAUUUUUUAUGCUUUUCAUGCUGAUGGUGAAUUCAAAAGGCUAGUACAAAUUACAUUUUUGAAGAAUUUUCAUAAUUUUCGAUCUUUUUCAAGCCUAAAUUAUAAGGCCUUUAUUGUUCUAAAAAGAAUUUAUGAGAAAUUAAACGACUAUGUUUAAGCAUAAAAUUACAUGGGUCUUUAAUUAAUGGAAGAUAAAUCAUCUGAAGAAAUUAUAUAAGUCUAAUUUGAUUAGUCAGAGAAAUAUUUUACUUUUUUAUAGUUUACCGAAUUUAUAGUUCACCACUCAUAAUUUACCUCUUAAGAGAUGAUAGAAGCCAUAUUGCAACCUAACAUUUGUUCUCCUUAUUUCUCAAACUUAACUGAGAAUCAAAAAUUAUAUUAUUAGGACCUUAAUUUUGUUUAAGAUUAUUCCCAUUUGCAUUUAAAUAUAUUAUCAUUUAGGGCUGAAUUUAUUUAUUUUAAGUAAGUCCUUAUGAAUUGCUUUAAAAAAUUAUUUGACGAUAAAUUUGAUUCCUUUUAAGAGAAGAUAAUUUCAUAAGAUGAUUAUGAGGAUUUUUAAUAAAGAUAGUUUUUCUUAACUUAAUUGCUCCAUUCCUUCUAUAACGUUAAAAGGUAAAACAGGAAAUACAAAUUAGAUAGUCUCGUUGUGUAAAAUGAUAAUUUAUAUAAUGCUGCUCUCAUUAUCAAUUUUUAAUUAAACUAAUUCUAUGUAUUUAAUAAAAUGUUCAAUGGUUUAAGAAGUUUAAUGCCCAAACUGAUUGGAAAAAGAAAUCUAUCAAGAAUAUAUUUGUAUUAAUGUUAUCUGAAAUUAAACUAAGAUGUAUAAAAUAUUGGAAAUUAUUUUGAAUAAAUUGAUAAUUUUUAUAUAGAUUAUGUAGAUUCUGAAACAACUAUCAAAGGACAACAAGAAGUAUGCGAAGCGUAUAAUUUAUUAAGCCUAAAACUCUUAAAGAGACCAAUUUUUACGAACCUAAUAUUUAUAGAAUUGCUAAUUCUCGAAUACUUUGAAGGCUAAUUUAUUGAUAAAGAAUAAUAUCUAAAGCAUUUGAUGGAAGUUCUCAGAAUGGAAAACUUAAAAGAUUUAAAACCUUUGUUUAAUAAUUUAUUAAUUGAUUCUCUUUAGAAUUUGAUUGCUCUUAAUUUUGACUAGAAAAAGAGAUUAUAAGAAGAAUAGUAAAGAAUUGAUUUCAAUUCAAGUGAGUUGGAAUCUGUUGAUCUUGCUUACAUAAAAUUCUAUCUAUUCUUAUUUGAACUAGAUGGUUUAUUGUUUUUAGAGGUUGCAUUUUAAAAAUUUAGAAUUCCUGAUAAAAAGAUCGCCUCUGAAAUUUAUAAUUCCAUGUUGUUAAGCAUAAUUUCAUCAGAAAUAGAAUUUUGGAAUGUGUUAUAAAUGGUCGAAGAAUCAUUGGAUCUAUAUCCUAAAUAGCUCAACUCUACGAUUCAUCAUAUUAUAAUAAAUUUGUUCAAUCAAUCAGCUAGUUUGAGCUUUGAUGAAAUAUAGAAACACAUAGAAUAAUUAAAAGUAAAAACUAAUUCACCAAUAGAAAAUCUUGUAUAAGAAGUAUGUUAAUUAGAUUUAAUAUCAAAAACAUUUACUUUAAAAAAAGGUAUUUAAUUAUAUCUUGAUCCUAUCGUAUUUACAAAAAGCAAUGCAGUUAAAGGAAAUAUUGUAGAAAGAUUGAUUGAUCAAAAAAAAUCGUAAAGAUUUAUGAACUUUGGAAAUUACACCCAAUAUAAGGCAGAUGAAAUCAUCAAACAUCUUUCAUCAAAUAAGGAUUCAAUAUUUUUUGACAUUUUUCACCUACUUAUUAAUGAACCUUUUAUUAAAUAAUUGAUACAGGGAAAUAGAAUAGAAUUAAUUAUAAAAAUUGUAAACAUCUUAAUUACUAAAUUAUUUGAUUAUCAUUUUAUCUAAAUAAUAAAAUAAGGUUGA